GCUGCGCAUCUGUACACUCAGAAAGGAGAGGGAGACGGAGGAAGGAGGACAGGACAUGAUGAGGACGACAACAGCGCAAAUGAACGAAUCCACAUCGGGAUGGGAGACGACAGGCGAGAGAAGCGCGGAGACGGCAUGAGAGAGACGCGCCUCGGUCGCGCCAACAUGGAGGCGUAGCAUGAUCCAUCCUCUCAUUGUAGCCUAGCAGCAGCAUCAUUCUCCCGUCCAACCUGAGCGACGAGGAGGACAGAGACGGGGAGAUGGGCUCCCAGGUCGUGCAGACCCUGCGUCAGGGAGUCUGGGCAUCCCUGACGGGGGGCUGGUACCACGACCCGGACCAGAGCAAAUUCAACAACUCCUGCCACCUCUAUCUGUGGCUCUUCCUCCUGAUGCUGCCACUGUCGCUCCAUCUGGCUCUCCCACCGACCGCCAUGGCUCUGAGCAUCUACUGCUCCUCCAUCACCGUCUUCUUCGUCCUCAUCAAGUUGGCCAACUACCGGCUGCACCUGAUGUUUGACGAGGGCGAGGCGGUGGUCCGCAGCAGCCUGUCUGACCUCAGCAAGGCUCCGGAUAAGAAGAGCAACGCCUCCGACUCCUGCUUACCUGCAAACAUCAGGAAGAGCAGCACGGUCCCAGACAGUGUUGCCAUGACGAUGUUGGCACGCAAGCGCCCCAGUUCUGUGAUUCAGGUGACGGUGAAACAAACGGAAACGGACCCAGGACUGAUCGGGGUGGAGUGUUCCAAAUCUGACCAGAUGAAGGCAGUGGAAGGUCAGAGUGCGGGUGGAGCGGUGGAGAGGCCACUCGAGGGAGGUGUUGACCCGAGCCCAGAACCCUCUCCCGAUGACCUCACGAGCCCCAAUCCCGACCAGGCGGCCCCUCUGCUGCAGGCCCAGCAGAGGCCCCCGUCCCGAGCAGAGCCAGAGGAGACUCAAGCAGGAUGUUCUGGAGAGACUGUGAAAACGGAUGCAGAGGUCAUCGGCUCUAAGGUGGAACACGGGGACGUUCAGCUCUCAAUAGCAGAGGAGGAAUCAGAGCUGGAGAGGACAGAGGGUGCGGGGACCGAACUGCAUCUGGACAAGGAGGCGUCUGAUAAAGAAGCUGCUGACGAAGGCCUUCCUCCCUCCAGAGGAAGUGAGGAGGAAAGUGAGGAAGGUAGUGAGAGCCGGAAAGAGCCGUCGGAUGCAAAUAACAACUCGUUGGAGACCCCGGAGGACCCGGUGGAGGACCUGGACGACAUCCCAGAACCUACUGCAGAGGAUGACGAAGAACAGGAGGAGGAUUAUUGUUCGGAUGAAAUUGAGGUGGUUCUGGUGGACAACUCUGGACCAGCGUCUUCGGCCACUCACCUGGACGACAGUGACACAGUGAAGAUCGUCAUCACCAUGAGCUGUGAUGCUCAGACGGCCGCUCAGCUGGAGGAGAGUGUCAAGCAGAGUCUGCUGAAGAACGCACAGGCCCAAAAGGAAGCAGGAGAAUGCCACAUCAAAAUCCCUGUCAUCACCUUCGACUCGCCUGAGGAGGAGAAACAGGAGGAGGAAGAAGGAGUGGCCCGCUCAGAGGAGGAACUCACCCCGAAACAACAUCCGACCACCAGUCCGAGCGAAGAGUUCCACCUGUGUAGAGAGUCGGUGAGCUCCGAGUCCACCACGCUGGAGUGUCCGGAGACAGAGCAGGAGAACACUGGACACAUGCUGACCAACGACAGCACACCGAGCCCGCAGGCCACCAACGACAACAGCUCGUCUGGGAUCGACGUCCACUCCCACCCAGACGACUCGGACCCUCUCGACUCGAACGUGGACCCGCAAGGCUUCCUGCGUCUGCCUCCGACGCUUGGUCGCUAUGGCCCAGGAGGGAGGACGCACAUCCGCGGUCUGAGCAUGGACAGCGGGAAGGAUGCUGUGCUGCUGUCCAGUCGCUCCAAUUGCACGGCCACCAUGACCAGCUCCAAGUCUGAUCUGGAGGCGAAGGAGGGACAGAUUCCAAACGAAUCCAACUUCUUGGAGUUUGUCUCCUUGUUGGGGUCCCUCAGUGCCAGAGGGGGAGGGGCCACUUCCCAGGACGAGGAGGAACCAGAGACCAACGCUUGUGAGGACGCUGAAUGCUCCCCUAAAGCUGCCGAAAAUCUAACUCCCAAACCAGAGGAGACGAGAGCAGAGUGCAACCCUGACCACAAAGCAGAGAGACCCAAACCGCCCACCAGCCUGGUUCCUGACACGCUGCAGGCCAUUCCACCGACACACAUCCCCAUCGUCUCCCCUGACAGUGUGUUUGUGUCCGACAGCCCUCAGACCGACAGAGAAAAGGAUCCGGACUAUGACUCGCUACCCUCUCAGACCUCCCAGUCGGAGAGCUCCAUGCUGCAGGUCAUUUGCAGACCGGAAGCCACCAACAAAGAAGAAGCCUACACGUUUCACACUGUGCACAGAGAUCGUCCUCGGAAACUGUACGCAGAAAGAGCCUUGAAUCUACCCCUGGGAGCCGAACUCAUCACCGGAAACAUGUGUGACUUGUUGUCGACCUCGUCUAACUCGGAGUGCCAGGACGGCCUGGUGGGAGGUCACUCCGACUGCCCCUUCCAACGCCGCAUCAUUCCCUCACACAGGCUCCGGCCUCGGCGGACACACCCAGAGAUCUUCCAGGAGGAAGACUCCUUAGAUGAGUCAUCAGAAACCUCAACUCAAGAGAAACCAAAAAGAAAGAUUUACUACAAACUGAAACUCUUUCCUGGGAAAUGGAUCAACCUUUUAUACGACCGACUCACUCUGCUGGCCUUACUGGACAGAAACCAAGAUGUUCUUGAGAACCUUGUUGCCAUCUUCAUGGCCGUCCUGGUGUCCUUUUUGGGCUUCGUACUUCUCAACGAUGGAUGCUUCAAGGACUUCUGGGUGUUUCAGUUCUGCCUUGUCAUCGCCAGUUGUCAGUACUCUUUAUUAAAGAGCGUUCAACCCGACGCGGCUUCACCGACACACGGCCACAACCAGCUGGUAGCUUACAGCCGGGCAGCGUACUUCUGCAUCUUCUGCACGUUGAUCUGGAUGCUGGAGCAGCUGCUGAGGAGGAAGGACCUGCCCGUGUCCAGUUUGUAUGGGGUCACCAUCGUUUGCCACGAUGCACUCAGCUUCUUACGGAACCUGCUCGUCGGUUUCACCCACUGCUUCCCCAUCACGUUCCUCGUGGGCCUUUUCCCGCAAAUCAACACCUUCACCAUCUACCUGCUGGAGCAGAUUGACAUGCACUUUUUUGGCGGGACAGCGGCUACCAGCCUGCUCUCUGCGGUCUACAGCAUCCUCCGCAGUGUGAUCGCUCUGUCUCUGCUGUACGGUUUUUGUUUUGGAGCUCUGAAGGAGCCCUGGGAUGAGCAGCACACGCCGGCCUUGUUCUCUGGUUUCUGUGGACUGCUGGUGGUCUUCUCGUACCACCUGAGCCGACAGAGCAGUGAUCCCUCCGUGCUGCUAUCCCUGAUCAAAUCAAAGGUCAUGCCUGCUUUGGUCGAUAGUGAUGAAGAGGAGGAAGAAGACGCAGAUAUUAAAGAUCCCCUGCCCAAGAAGCUGCAGAACUCAAUGAAGGAGAUUCUGCUGUCAGAUGUGAUCGUGUGUUCUGUCGCCUACAUCCUGACCUUUGCCAUCACGGCCAGCACCGUCUUUCUGUCCCUGAAGCCGUUUGUGACCAUCGUCUUGUACGCGCUGGCGGGGACGGUUGGGUUCGUCACCCACUACCUGAUCCCCCAGCUGAGGAAGCACCAUCCCUGGCUGUGGAUCUCCCACCCUGUCCUCAAGACUAAAGAGUACUACCAGUUUGAACCCAGAGAGGAUGCGGUGCUGAUGUGGUUUGAGCGGCUGUAUGUGGGGCUUCUGUGCUUUGAGAAGUACGUGGUUUAUCCAGCCAUUGUUCUGAGCGCGCUCACCAACGACGCCUUCGCCCUCAGCCACCGCAAGAAGCUGGGAAUCCACUGUGACGUCCUUCUCACCACGGUGGCCGGUUUAAAACUCCUGCGCUCCUCCUUCUGUGACCCGAGCUUCCAGUUCCUCACGCUGCUCUUCACGCUGGUGUUUUUCCACUUCGACUGCCCCCGCGCCUCCGAAAGCUUCCUGCUGGACUUCUUCGUCAUGUCCAUCCUCUUCCACAAGAUGCGUGAGCUGCUGCUGAAGCUCCACUUCAUCCUGGUCUACAUUGCACCCUGGCAGAUCGCCUGGGGAAGCGCAUUCCAUGCCUUCGCUCAGCCGUUCGCCGUCCCUCACUCGGCCAUGCUGCUGCUCCAGACUCUCCUCACCACCGUCUUCUACACGCCGCUAGCACCGUUUCUUGGCAGUGCCAUCUUCAUCUCCUCGUAUCCGCGACCCAUCAAGUUCUGGGAGAGAAACUACAACACCAAGCGCAUUGACAACUCCAACAGCAGACUGGUGUCUCAGGUGGACAAGGAGACAGGAUGUGAUGAUAACAAUCUGAACUCCAUCUUCUACGAGUACCUGACGCGCUCGCUGCAGGACUCUCUCUGCGGCGACCUGAUGUUGGGUCGCUGGGGAAACUACAGCGCCGGCGACUGCUUCAUCCUGGCCUCCGACUACCUCAACGCUCUGGUGCACCUCAUCGAGAUCGGGAACGGGCUGGUGACUUUCCAGCUGAGGGGACUGGAGUUCAGAGGAACCUACUGCCAGCAGCGAGAGGUGGAGGCCAUCACGGAGGGCGUGGAGGAGGACGACGGAUGCUGCUGCUGUGAGCCCGGCCACCUUCCCCACAUGCUGUCCUGUAACGCUGCCUUCAACCUCCGCUGGCUGGCCUGGGAGGUGAUGGCCACCAAGUACCUGCUGGAGGGCUACAGCAUCAGCGAGAACAACGCUGCAACCAUGCUGCAGGUCUAUGACCUGCGAAAGCUGCUCAUCACCUACUACCUGAAGAGUAUCAUCUACUACCUGGUCCACUCCCCGAAACUCACCACGUGGCUGAAGGACGAGUCCGUCCAGGAGGCGCUUCAGUCCUACACCAAGUGGCACCACAUCGAGCGAGACCCCCAGGUCUUCAGCGUGAAGAUCGAUGAAGACUAUGUCCACUGCCUGCAGGGCGUGACCCGGGCCAGCUUCUGCAAUGUUUACCUGGAGUGGAUCCAGUAUUGUGCUGGCAAGAUGGAGACGCCUGUGGACUGUGAUGAAGACUCUCAGCUGGUCACGCUCUCCUACGCUCUCUCUGUGUUGGGGAGGAGAUCACUUGGCACUGCGUCACACAACAUGUCCAACAGCCUGGAGUCCUUCCUGUAUGGCUUCAACACCCUGUUUAAAGGGGACUUCCGGAUUGCCACUAAAGACGAGUGGGUGUUCGCGGAUCUGGAUCUGCUACAGAAGGUGGUGGCUCCUGCUGUCAGGAUGAGCCUCAAAUUACAUCAGGAUCAUUUCACGUGUCUGGAGGAGACGGAGGAGGCAUCCAUCUUGUAUGAAGCCAUCACCAACUACCGGAGCAGCCUGGUCAUCUGCCACGAGAGCGACCCGGCUUGGAGGAAGGCGGUUCUGUCCAGCCGGGACACGCUGCUGACGCUCAGACACAUGAUCGACGACGGCACGGACGAGUACAAGAUCAUCAUGCUGUACAAGAGACACUUGAGCUUCAAAGUUAUCAAGAUCAAUAAGGAGUGUGUUCGUGGUCUGUGGGCCGGUCAGCAGCAAGAACUGGUCUUCUUACGCAACCGAAACCCAGAGCGUGGCAGCAUCCAGAACUCCAAGCAAGCGUUGCGGAACAUGGUGAACUCAUCCUGCGACCAGCCUCUGGGGUACCCCAUGUAUGUGUCACCGCUGACGACGUCGUAUGCAGGAACUCACCGGACGCUGCGCAGCAUCGGAGGAGGAGCCCUGAGUCUGGACGCCAUUCGCUCAUGGCUCUGCUCCAAAUGGCUACGCAGGGUGCGGAAGGACAACCUGACCACCUGCAACAGUGGAGUGAACAUGGAGGAUGUGGACUGCGGCGCCGGCGGCUCGUCCUCGCUGAGCCACAACCGCCCCUCCUCUGUCACCUCCAACAGCUUGAGUCUUUACCAGCACAGAACCAGAACCACACGCAGCCACAGACACCACAACUCAGCAAGGAGGGAGUACCGGAGCAGGUCAGUGCAGCCGCAGGGUCAGCGACCUCCAGUCAGCAGCCAAUCAGGACCCAUCCUGGACUCGGGUUCCAAUCACGGUCUGGUCCAGCGAUUGUCCAAUAGUCAGCUGUCCUUUAACACGUCCAUCGCCUCCAUUUUCUCACAGGUUCCUCGACUGUCUGGUGCCGGCGGAAUCAGUUCUCAGCUCCAGGCAGCUCAGCACCAGCCAAGGUCCAGCCAGGUCUCCUCCUCCUCCUCCACUCUCAGCCUGCUCUUCGGCAAGAGAAGCUUCUCCAGCGGGCUGGUCAUCUCCGGCCUGUCAGCCGCCGAAGGAGGCAACACCACCGACACGCAGUCCUCGUCCAGCGUCAACAUCGUCAUGGGGCCGUCGCACCGCUCCGCCAGCAGGGCCACGCAGUGGACGUCAGAAGCCUAUGAAAGCAUCGACGCGUCGUACGCAGCGAAAGACGGCACGCAGACAUGUGACCGCGGCUGCAGUCAGGGACUGGACAAGACGCAAGAGGAAGACGACUCCCCCUCGGCGCUGUCAGGAGAUCAGAAGACGGAAUGAUGAGAAACAGAUGCAGAGUGCCACAACGCGACGGAGCGGCGCGCACAUGAACCACCUCUGCAUGUGCUCUCCCCUUGUUGUCUGAAUGUAAACAAGUGUUACAACACGACCCUGGAUUUGGUUGUUGAAAUAAAUGAUGUUUUUAAA